AUGACUAGGAGUAUCUUAAGCGAGAAAUUCGGUGGGGAUUCAGUUUCACCUCUUUUUCAUAAACAAAACCUGAUGAUGGUCGUUGAUCAAGUUAACGAUGUCGUGGGUGAUGGUGACGAUGAUGCUGAUGAAGAUGACCGUGAAAAUGUGUAUGACGGUGAUAAUGGUGAAGAUGAGGAAGGGAACGACGAUCGCUUUAGUUAUGAUGAUGGUGGUGCAGGCGGAAUGCAGAAAUGCGCCGAAUUCCUGGAAUAA